CACGUGAUUAAACCGUCUGAAUCGAACCAGGGAAAGGGAGCCAGGGUGAGAGAGUCUGCUCCAUCAUUGGGGAUAAUAAGUCACAGCUGCUCCUUGCACUGCACCUGCUUCCUGUGCUAAAAGUUGAACAGACUUGGGCCUGCACAGCUCUGUAGCCGUCUCCCUUCAGCUCGUCUCUCUCUUGCCUCCACUCCGUCUAUACACACAGAAUGAAUGCUCUCAAUGCUUUCAAUCACUGUACAUUAUCAGUUCAACCCGUGGUAUCCCGAGUGCUUUAGUCAUGUUCUGAUUGUCAUCCCCAAUAAAGCCCGAGCGGGCCUCCCCUAGAGUCAGGGAGGAGCGACUGUCAUGUGGUUUGAUGAAUGCCUCUGGCCGGGGUCCAGACUAGGAAAAAGAAAACGGUUCAAACGUCCCAAGGCUGGCAUCCAGCCUGUGAUCUAAGAGAAACGUCAUCCGUCCUUGUUUGGAUGUUAUUGUUUCUGGUUUUAAGCAUUAUUUUCGGGGGCCUCAUCCAAAGACACACAUAACUUUUGUUUAUUUUUCAGAUCAUGUAUCUAUUACAGCAGUGGAUUGUGGGUACACAAGCGCACACACACACACACACACACACACACACACACACACACACACACACAAUGAGACAUACUGUAUGGGUUCCAGUUUUAGUGUUGAAUUUCAUCUGAGAUCCGUAUUUUUUCCAAAACCGGUACUUAUUCUGUCAAACAAAGCUUAGCGUUCCCUUGUCGUCUCUCAAUAUUUGGAGGUGCCUCGUAUACUGAACAGCCUUUUAUUUUGUGCUGAUUUGUUUUAAUUGUUUUUAAAUAUCUACUUUUUUUUAAUGUGACAAAGCCUUAACAGUAACACAAAUGUAACCAUUGGAAAGGCUUCAGUUCUCAGAGUUUACUAUCUUUGAUUAUUUGUGACACCUUGUUGAAGCAUUUCAUUUCUUUUUUCACAGAUUGAAUCAAAACUGUUUCGAUUUUAUGGUUUUUUUGUUCUGCUGUGAUCAACUCAAGGGCAAAAUGUCUUUGCCUGCUAAAUAAUGCAUUUAUUUCAUCUUUCUGAAGAAUAUUGAAUGUAUCUGCCUCUCUGUCUUUUGUCCCAGCUGACUGAGACCCAGUCAGAGAGCAGCUACUACAGUCCUCAGAAGGUCAAGUCCAGAGAGGUGCUAUGCCUGGAGCAAGAGGGGAUCACUAUUGAGGUGCUGAUGAUGGGGGAGCCCUUCUUCGAUUGUCAGAUUGGCUUUGUGGGUUGCCGGGCACUCUGCCUGAAAGGCAUCAUGGGAGUACGGGAUUUUGACGAAAACAUGAACCGACGCGAAGAGGAUGCAGUGUUCUUCAGCUGUGGGGACAGCCUGAGCAGCAAAGGAAUGACCUACCUUACCAACUCUCUCUUUGACUACCGCAGUCCAGAGAACAACGGAGUCCGGGCGGAGUUCAUCCUGGAUACCGCUAAUCACAAGGAGAGCUAUACGGAGAUAGCAGGCAUGCAGCGCUUUGGUGCUUUCUACAUGGAUUAUCUCUACACAAUGGAGAACAGCAGCGCCAAAGGCUCUCAGGAAUUCUCGGCGGUGAGUACGGAGGACGUAGUGCCCGCUGUCCAAGAGACAUCCAUCAAGACGCUGGUGGUGGGACCUCUGGACGUCAGGCUGAACAGCAGCGCUAUCCACCGCAUCCUCAAGAUGGUCACCUGUGGUAUGGACCACGAGUACGAGCCCUACUGCAAACUACAGCCAGAAGUGGUUGAAGAGAGCCUCGGUGCAGCUACUCCAGAGGAGAUCUCAAGCUUAGAGGAGUUCAUCCCGACCAGGCUCACGUGUCUCACUCUGCUCCAAGUCUCAGUGACCGUCUCCAUGGCGGAGUUCAACCUCCUUCACACACUAAUGCCGGUCAUCAUGGGAUGCAAGACCGCACCGGGGCCGGUCAACAUCCCAGCGUUUCAGCCGGUGCGCCCUCUACCUGCCGUGCAGUUCCAGGUGGAAAGGGUGAACAUUGAGCACUCGGUGCCCAUGUACGCUCCAGAGCUGGUCAGCACCGUCAGCGGUCUCAGCCAGCCCUCUGACAACCUGCUCCAUCACUGCUAUGCACACCUCUACCUCAAGGUGUUUGGGUUCCAGGCAGGCUUGACGGUCCAGGACAGUGCAGGAGGUUUCCUGCCUCUCAUCCCCAUCAUCCCUUCCUUUAGCACUGCACUCUACGGGAAGCUGAUCCAGAUGCCUGCAUACUGGUGAGCACCUUAAUAUGGAUGGAACUCUGAGUGAGCACAGAGGCAAGCAGAGUUCCCCAUGUGAACAUCAAUUAUAUGAUCUCUUCUCUCAGGAACUGCAGAUGAAUUUAAAGGUAUAUGGUGGGGAAAAAAACAACAGUAUACGCUCCUAUUUUUUCACUUUUACACUAAUGUAUAUACAAGGGGUGGAAAAAUCUUUCAAAAAUGGAAUUCAUCACCUCAGAUAAUUUGAUUUGGACUUGGCAUUUUUUUGCAAUAGUUUUGCUAUCCCUAACAUGGUUACCUCAAAUUGUUUAUAGGCUUUGACAUUUAAUUGUUGCCCCUUUUUAGAACGAUUGGGAUUGAAGUGAUGCCCGCAGAAGUGAAGCCCAAUCUUAUAUCGUAUUCAUUUAACACUUACUUUACGUUUACAUCACAAUGUGUGAUAUCUUCCUGGAAGAAAUGGUCCCAGGGUGUUUGGUUCAAGUAAAGAAUUCCCAACAUGUUUGAGCUCCGGAUGCAUCCUGAGAUGGCGUCCAAAGAAACAUCACUGUACAGUAUAUAUGUAGAGAAGCUUACUAGUCUGUACCUAUUUAGUUAUAUCUAGGUGGGGUGUUGUACAAUGUAACAUAUUGAUUGAGGUAAUCACUGGCAGCACUAGGUGAUUACGGUCAACACAUUCCUCAAAGUACACAUUGUGUAAGGUGCUCAUCACUGUGUGAUGGCUAAAGAGACUUGGCCAAGUACAGUAAACAGAAGGGUGAUUUACAUUCUACAAGCACCUGUGGGAGGCAUCAGUGCUCAAGGGAUGACCUACUUUUGUAUGCCAACCUGAAAGUAAGCAUCACACUGGUUGCCUCGCCAAAAAGCCAAUGGCAUGUUUCAUUUGGAAGUGGGAUUAUUGCAGAAAAUACACUCUGUGGCAAACACAAGUUCAUGAUACUUACACGUUUUUGUUCAGCAAGAUACUCUUCACAAAUGAACACCACUUUUAUGAUUUUUGAAGCAUAAAUACAAUCGCCAGCAGCAUAAAGCUAACGUCAGGCAAUAAACAAACUGCACCAUGGUCACAUGACUGCACUUCACCACCACCAAGAUAAAGAUGGACUAGUCGGCGUGAUGGCGUUUUGUAGUGUCAGCCACUUGUUAUCAACCGCCUUUUUGUAAAGCGCGUAAAAGCUUCAAAAUUCACCAGAGCGAUAGAUUUACUAACCUAUUAAUAUCGUAGAACAAAACGUUAAAAUCUCUUCAGCUCGUAUUAAACACGGACCUUAUUUCAGGCCUCUAACAAAAAACCCAUUCAAAAACUCAUCGACUUCGAGAUGAGGGAAGAGGAAGUGCAAAAAUGCCGACUCAUGACGGUGUUUUAGAACUCUUUCCUGCAGCACAUUAUGGGUAACAAUCACCCAUCAGUUUAACCCAGUAAAGACUCAUACGUAUGGGUGUGAACCUCCUCUGUGUAUUGGUCCUUGAUAGGCUUGUCUGUAUACUGUGUGUGUAUGUGUGGUGUUAGGCCCAUGUAUUGUACUUCAUGAAGAGGACUGCAGCCUUUUGCGGGGAGUGCAUCAAAGGGUAUUUAAAGUGAUGGAUGAGCCGCUUCUUCAGCGGUUAGUGGGGAAAACAGAAAAACACAGUCAUCGGGUAACAACUGCAACAAUUUCUCACAUGGUUUGAAACACAAGGAGAGGAAAAUAAUACAACGCUGUCUAAAGAGAUGAAAAAACAUAUUGCCAUAUCCCUGUCCUUCUAGCAGACUGGGGAUGACUCAUCAGGGAUGUCCCCCAAGAGAGGGUAGGAGUUGAAGGGAGGACAAGAAGGGAAAGGAGAGGAAUAAGGCUCCAUAGUCUUUAAGUGUUGAAGUUAUCAAAGUCCAAAGAGAAUGGGAGACAACAAGGAGAAAAUGCAAAAGUAGACAAAUAUGCAGAGAGUGAGAUAAUGCAGAGGAGAGGAGAGAAGGAGAUGAGUAGAUAGGAUGAUGGGAAAAGUGUGAA